AUAAAUGUUGAUAGUAGAGCCAGACGAUUCCCUAGAUAUUUCACUUUGCCGACCAGAGUAACAAACGGUGAGAUGUGAGGAUUGAUGAAAAUUUUUCUUCAAUCUUCGAAAAAAUGGCAUCAAUUUACACUCUUCAAUUCAAUUCCCUUUCUUCCUCUCAUCGAUUAUCUUCGAAUGUGGUGAAGAAACAUACAAGAACUGAAUUUGCUUUAAGUUAUGGGAAACUGAGCUUGAACCGAUUACCCGUUCCUCGAAACUUUGAAUUGAGAGCUGUGAGUUCUGAUGGCGACCACCACCACAUCAAGACUGAAAUUGUUGCUGUUGCUAGGCAAUCGAAAAGUCCCCCAGUGGCCAGGUUUCAAGAAAUCGUUAGCUCUUUGCCUCAUGUAGCUUUCGUGAUGGAAAAAUAUGGAGGAAGUAGUUUUGCAAUUUGGUUGUGCUUUGCGACUGCAUUUUUGGUUGUUGUAGUGAAAGUAUAUAUGUCAAGGAAGUCAAGAUAUAGCCCUGCUGGCACUGUGGCUGAUCUUGUUAGACGGGGCCAGUUGAGAUCUGAUAGAAGAGGCAUCUUGCAGCCUCUUAAAUAUGAGGACCCUUUCAAUAAUCCAAUGGUGAAGGUGGGCAAGGGAAAUUCAACCAUAGAGAUGUGUGGAAAGGUUUAUCGAUUGGCUCCAGUUACUCUUACAGAAAAGGAACAAGCUACCCAUCAGAAGAGGAGGUCCCGAGCAUACCAGUGGAAGAGGCCUACAAUAUUCCUUAAAGAAGGGGACUCCAUACCUCCUGAUGUUGACCCUGAUACAAUCAGAUGGAUUCCCUCUAAUCAUCCUUUUGCAACGAUUGCCAGUGACAUUGAUGAAGACGUGGCACAGGACAAUAUGUACCAAAAGCAUGGUGUUCCGUUUCGUAUUCAGGCUGAGCACGAUGCACUGCAGAGAAAGCUCGAAAUGCUUCAAAAUGAACAAAAGCUUAAUAAAAUAGUGAUUGACUCUAGCAAUGCUAAAGAUCUUGAGAGACCAUUCAAGUUCAAUCGGAAAUCUCACGAGCCUGCUGAGCAGAAUCCCUUCAAUAUUCAAUCCAGUAAUUCAAGGCCCCCUAAAUCAGAUCAAGCCCCAAAUACAGUUGGUAGCAAGUCAUCCUCUGAGGAAACAACGAAAACUUAAGGAACAUUAGGCUUCUGAUAGUAUUAUCAUCAUUUUGAAGUGUAAUUGCAUAUUGGCGGACUCUGGUGUUUUUAAUAUUACCAAAGAGUGUCUGGAUUACCAUUUAAACUUGUAUCUAAGGUAUUAAAUUUUAUUUUAGCCUGCUCUAGAAUCCAGUUGUAAAUCAGAAGCUAGACCGUAGAUAGAAUUGCAGUGUUUUGCAUAUCUAGUUUACACUUGUAGCUAAAAAUAUUUGUUCAUGGCGUUAUGAUUUUAAGAACUUUUGUUGCUAA